AUGUCUCUGGUGUCCUUGUCCCUCCCCUCUGCACCUGCCCCCCUGCUGACUGUCCUGCACAAGCUGCUCCCCACACUGCCCCCUACUGUUCUGCAAGUGGACGUGCCCCCCGUGGACCGAGAAGCCUCCGUGCUGUCCGGUUACCGCCGCCUGGGCCUGUCCCGCAGACACUACGCCCUCAGCCUGUUCCAGAUGCACAACCACACGGUGAGGGUGUGGUGCCCCCUGCUGGCGGCUGCGGCUCUGGUGAUUCGCUUCCUCUUCUUCGUGGUUCUCCAAGCUGGGGGUGUGGUGGGGGUGCGGCUGUGGUCUCCAGAGGGGGCAGGUGUCUCCGUCGACCCGGGAUCCGCUCCUCUGCUGCUGUAUGUUCUAUCUGUGGUCUUCAGUCUGGGCAGCAGUGCGGCCUUCCUCCUCCUCCAUCCUCACUCCAGACCUCUGCGCUCCGCCCUGAGCCUCCUGGACUCUGUGGGGCGAGGGCUGCACCUGGCCGGACCUGCUCUGGCCCUGAGCGUCUACAGCUCCGACACUCACUGGAGAGACAGCGCUGUGGGUCAGCUGUACCUUCCCACUGCUUCUGUCCUGUCGUGGUUGUGUUGUGCCGCUGGCUGCUGUGUGGAGGUGUCCCGUCCCUGUGCUCAGCUCUUCCCCCGCAGGCUGCUGCUGGGGGGGUCUGUAGCUUUGGCCUUCCUCUUGGGCAUCACCCCCAUGGCCCAAAGACUCUACACGUGCUCCUGGACCAGCAGCCCUGCCUUGUACCUGCACGCCUUCCAGUUGCUGCUGUUGCUCCUCGCAGCCUGGUUCUUCCUCUGCCCCGUGCCAGAGCUCUUGGCCCCGGGCCGCUUCGACCUCUGGGGCCACAGUCUGCAGCUCGCUCAGGCGCUGCUCUCACUCUCCGCCGUGUGCCAGCAGGAGGCGCUGUUGCAGGACUUCAGUAUGCGGAGGGCGGGGCUGUUGAGGAGGCUGGAUGCAGAGGAGAGUUUGCUGUGGGCCUGCGCAGGAUUCACCGCGGUCCCUCUGAGCUGCUCCAUCACCGCGCUCACUGCUCUGAAGUCACCUGAGCCCUCUCCCCAUUGGUUGAAACGACAGUCCUCCAUAAACACCUUGUCUGGUUAUGACAAAAGGAGAGACUGUGAGAGGAUCGACCUGGAGCCUGUGAUGGGGCUGGAGCUGGACCUCACCUGGUGUACCAUGGGGCUGGUGCUGCUGGUGCUGGCCGUGCUGCUCUCUGCUCUGUGCACCCACUGCGGCAGGCACUCGUUUGAGCUGCGAGACACGACUCCAGAGAAGGGUCCGUCUGCUCUGAUCAAAGUGGUGAAGCUGGAGGAGGCCGGAGAACACACAUCGGCCAACAAGGACGGCACAGAUGGACGGGCUUACAACAUCCCACCAUGGAGGAGCCACCUGGGGUCUGGAACAGGUCCUGGUCCAUCUUCACACUGUUAA